CCUUUUAGAGAAAAAAGUUAAAUCUGUACCGCGAACCAAGCUUUUCGUUCUGUCCAACGAAUCUUGGAUGGGAGAAGGGGCACUUUGUGUCGACGUCUUAAGAGAUGAGGAUAUGGGGAAUAAGAAUUACGGUGGAGAUGAAUCAAAAAGAGACACUGAGUUUCUGGCAAGUGAUAAGGAGGUGGAAGCUUACGACAAGCAAGUGAAAGAAGCUUCUAACGAGGAGAUAAAAUCCGAAGUUUCGAAUCCCGCAGUUUGCACAAAAGGGAAUGCAUUUACUACUCAGGAUAUCACUAGUCAACUGGUUGAAAUGUCUAGCAGUGCUCAAGUGGUUGGUUGCGGGGAAGCCACAUCCUCUUGUGCCAGGAAUUUAAGUGGAGAGAGGACCCUGACUGAUGGAGAGCCUAGCUGUGGAGACAACAAGAGUUCUGUUUCUCACGUUACUUUGGAAAUACCUAAGCAUGUUAGCUCCACUGGAAUAAGAAAAAUUACCUUCAAGUUCAGGAAGAGAGAGGAUGAUUAUGACAUCCAGUCAUCUGCAUCAUUGACUGAGUCUAUUAGUAAUGAUGUGUUUAACUACUCCAACAAUGGUGAUUUGAGUCCAAUAAGAAGUUGUCCAAGUCACCGUUAUCUAUAUGCUCGCAAUAUGGAGUUGAAAAUGUCUAAGAAGAUUAUUCCAAUUAAUUACCCUACAAAUGUCAAAAAGUUGUUAGCAACAGGUAUUCUUGAUGGAGCUCGAGUCAAGUAUAUUUCUAAUUCACCAGAGAGACAGCUACAUGGAAUUGUUAACGGUGGAGGGUAUUUAUGCGGUUGUUCAUCAUGCCAAUUCUCUAAAAUUCUCAGUGCUUUCGAGUUUGAGCAGCAUGCUGGUGCCAAAACUAGACAUCCAAAUAACCAAAUAUUCUUGGAAAAUGGGAGGCCCAUCUAUAGUAUCAUUCAAGAAAUUAAAAGUGCUUCACUCUGCCAACUGGAUGAAGUGAUGAGGAAUGUAGCUGGAUCAUCUAUAAAUGAAGAUUUCUUCCAGAUUUGGAAAGCUAGUCUUCAACAGAGCCACGAAAUGUAUGGCGCAGAUAACUAUUCUGGCAGGCUUACUAGUUUUUCUCAUUACCUUGUAAGUUGUCAAGAUUCAGAAGAAAGCUUUUGUGCUACUCCAAGUCCUUUUUCAUUAAACAACCCAAUUAGAGAGCAGAUAUACAUGGAGAAUUCAGUAGAACAGAAACAGGCAGUUAAGAGACCUAGACAUUUAGUUUCUAAAGCAGAUGAGCAGCGAAAGAAAACUGCUGAUGGUGACGUCAAGAAAAGGGAUAACGAUUUACAUCAGCUGCUUUUCAAGUCGAAUGGUCUUCCAAAUGGGGCUGAAUUGGCUUAUCGGGUGAAAGGACAGACAUUGCUUGAGGGCUACAAGUAUAAAAACGGCAUAACCUGUCGAUGCUGCAAUGAAACGAUCAGCCCUUCGCAGUUUGAAGCUCAUGCUGGGAUGGCUGCCAGACGUCAACCCUAUCGUCAUAUCUACACUUCAAGUGGAUCUACACUGCAUGACAUAGCAGUUUCUUUAGCCAAUGGGCGAAGGCUUAUUUCUGAGAACAGUAGUGAUAGGUGUGCACAUUGUGGGCGGCCGGAAAAUCUUAUUUUUUGCAAUGGUUGUCCUCAGGCUUUUCAUGCAGAGUGUUCGCAAUUAACGUUCCAUUCCGAAGGUGAUUGGCUUUGUCAAAUUUGUUUGGAAAAAUCUGGCCAUGGCAGAAAAGCUUCUGGUGGAGAAUCUUCAAUUAAGGAAAGUCCUAUUGUUAUACGGUUGACUAGAGCUGCUAAAGAUCGUGAUUUUAAAAUUGGGGGUUGUGUUAUUUGCAGACAGCAUGAUUGCAGUUCUGUUGGUGAUCGAAGAGUUAUUUUAUGCGAUCAGUGUGAGAAGGAAUACCAUGUUGGCUGCUUGCGAAUCAGUAAAGUAUGUGAUCUAAAAGUAAUUCCCAAGGGUGCCUGGUUCUGCUGUGAUGAAUGCAAGACAAUCCAUGCAACUCUAAAGAGUUCUAUUUCCAGUGGGGCAAAGAUGAUUCCAGCUUCAUCAUUAGAUACAAUAAACAGGAAGCAUGUAGAGAACGGGUUGAUUAUUGAUGGAACUGCAAGUGAUGUUCAAUUUCAAAUUGUACGCGGGAAAGCCCAAAGGACAGGCAACCGCGGGAAAGACGACUGCAAUCAUGAGUCAUUGCUUGAUGAUGCUUGUGCAAUAUUUACUGAGUGUUUUGCUCCAAUCAAAGUAGCGAAACGCAAGUGUAACCUAGUUCCCAUAAUGGUCUCUGGGAGAAAGAUAUUAGACCAAGACUUUGGGGGGAUGUAUUGUGUAUUAUUGACUGUAAAAUCUGCUGUUGUAUCCGCUGGCCUCCUGAGAAUCUUUGGCCGGGAGGUUGCUGAGCUUCCUCUGGUGGCCACCGCUAAAAAACAUCAGGGGAAGGGUUAUUUCCAAGCACUCUUUGCAUGCAUUGAAAGGCUUCUUUCCACCGUAAAAGUGGCAAAGCUGGUGCUUCCUGCAACCAAGGAAGCUGAGUCCAUCUGGAUGAACAGAUUUGGCUUUAGAAAGAUGAGUGAGGAGCAAUUAUUCAGGUACCAGAGGGAUUUUCUGCUAGUGGUUUUCAAGGGAACGUCAAUGCUGGAGAAGGAAGUGAGGAGGAUAGAGGGUCCCCUAAGAGGAGUUCAAAAAAUUUAAGCUUAGGCCUUAGGGUUGGCAUUUGCUUUUGAUUAGCCAUUCCUUUUUGAGAUUUUGCUGCAAGAUCUGUUGUUUGGCAAAGCGGGCAGCUGCCUGAGGUUUUAGUGGAUGCAUGGGCAUGAAUUUUUAUUUUUAUUUUUUGUAUAUUUGCCUUUGUGGUUCAUUUUACUUUCCCAAAUAAAAGGAAGAAAAACCACACAAAAAAUUGCCGUGUUUACCGCUGAAAGAUUGGCUUUUGAAAUGUUCUCCCGCUGAUGGGAGAAAGUGGGAUGAGAGUUUAGAAUAAUCCUUUUUGAUUGUAUGCUGAAGGAUUUUCGUUUCCUCUUUUCAUUGAUUAUCAUGAUUGAAAUUUAUAGUUAA